AUGAAUGUGCACACACACCCAGCGCUAGCGGGCUUUGACGACAUGCAGCAACGCCAGCGCCGCCAGACCCAGGUCUCGGUAGUCAUGAGCGCAGGCGAUCUGGCCGAGUUGACGCGCGAGGAGCAUCGAGCCAAGUUCAAGCACACAAAAUUGUGCUCCUUUUACCAAAAGGGACAGUGCACCCGCACCUUUGACGCUUGUGCCUUUUUGCAUACCGAUGACCCCGAGAUCAUUGCAAAAAUGGGCGGAAUCCCAGCCAAUGCUCCAAACCCGCAUAUGAGACCGCCCAACUCGGAUCCCCACGUGAAUCCACGCGUUAAUUCGCUCACCGGCCGCCCCAGACCCCGCUUCCCGCCUGGCAGUCGCAUCAUGGGCAUCGGUGUCCCCAAGCGCUCCAAACUGAGUGAAGGUGAAGCAGAAGUUGAAAUGAAACGCACAGUGUGCAGGUUCUACUCGAGUGGAAUGUGUGAAUACGGCAAGGACUGUCGCUUUUUGCAUGUUGUUCCCGAGCCUGCCGACCAAGUCCAGGCGAGUCCCAAAUCGACCAGCACCCUGUGCCGCAACUACCCCGGUUGCGCCUAUGGCGACCGAUGCGAUUUCAAACAUGUCGAAGUCAAUGGCGUUCGCCCGGCUGAUUCUCCGUUUUCGACCGCCUCGGCGCUUCCCCCUUCGGUCAGCGCUCGUGCCAGCCCGGCCAUUGUCUCGCGUCCUCUUGCGGCCGAGCCCACCCCUAUAGCACCCCCGCUCAGCCUGGGCGAACGACUUGGAUUGUUGGGCGAACGAGCCGGAUCAAGUGUGGUAGGGGAACGUACGUCGCGAAAGGAACUGAUUCGGACUGCGAGCUUUGGAGAACUUCCGAGGAGGGAAACCGGGUUGCUCGAAGACCGUCGUCCAAGUUUAUUGGACGAACGUCGCUCCAGCCUCCUUGAAGAACGUCGUUCGAGUCUAUUGUCCGAAGGCCGAGGCAGCAGUCUCCUCUCUGAAUCUCGACCCAGUCUUCUCGCAGACUCUCGUUUGCCUCUUACCCGCGGAGCAUCCUACAACGGCACAGACAGCGUUCCAUCCCCCCUCGCCCGUUCCUCGUCCCUCAGCCUCGCCGCCGAUCGUCCCAAUAGCGCAUUCGGGUCUUUGCUCGGGCUUGGCUUCAACCUCGAACGUGCCCAUGCAUCUCAACCGCAUACUCGCACGCACACUCCUAUCCCGCGUGCUCCGAGCCCAAGUCCAACCCACAUUGGUAUCCCGCCAAGUCGGAUCGUGCCUCAUCCCGCAACUAUUUUAGCGCCCAGCGCCAACGGAUUAGGACCCAGCAUCAACGGUCUGGGACUCGGACUGGGAUCGUCCCUUCCCUCGACGACCCACACAGCCCCAGGCAGCGGCGCCAACACGCCGCUCAUCCGAACACUCCCCCCACCAGGAAACGAGCUGAGCGGAACCGGAUGGCGCGUGGCGAGCCCGCUCCCGCCGCACAUCUCCAACGAGAUCCAGGCGAGCACGAGUGUGCCGGGAAGCCCGCUGGCGCUCGCGCCCCGCAGUCCGCUCGCCAACGCGUUCGGAGACGGGUUCUUCAAUUCGGUUCCUGCUCCUCCUGCUCCUCCCUCCUCUGCCCCUCCUCCGUCCUCUGCUCCUGUUCCCGAACGCAAGACGUCUGGGCUUGGGCUUGGACUAGGACUUGGGGUUGGGGUUGGGGCCGGGGCUGGGCUUGGACUCGGGCUUGGGUUGACUGGCGUUGCGCCGGACUUGGAGAGUGAUGGCGAAGGGGACGUUCCCCCCAUCAUGAGCUAUGAAGAUUUCGCCGACGGGUUCACUACGGAUCAUGAGCACGACCACGAGCAUGAACACGGGAGUCAAAUCGGAGGCGAUCGGGAUACCGAACCUGAUGCUGAGAAGAAUGGCGGGGAGAGGCCGAGGGGGUAUAAAACUCUGCCGUGCAAGUUCUUUAAUCCGCUUUUGGGCAGGGAGUGUCCUGCUGGGGAUGAAUGCAACUUUAUACACGAUCAGUUGUUGUCGAACAAUGCUGGUCUUAUGAGCCCCGAUGCUGGGAGCGCGGGCAAGGAGAGCAUGCACCCUCUUUUCCGAACCCGUGAAUGUAAAUACUGGGCCGCAGGUCGCUGUAACCAGGGCGACGAAUGCCCAUUCAAGCACACGUACGGCGACGACGUUGAACAUGGCUUGGAUACCCAAGGUCAGGCACAAGACAGCAGGGAGAACCCGUACUGGAGGACCCGCCCCUGCAAAUGGUUCCAGCAAGGCCAGUGCCUGCGCGGCGACAACUGCAACUACCUCCACACGCUCGAGACCCCUACCCCGGUCGUAUGCAAAUUCUACCCGACCCCAGGCUGCCGCAACGGAUCCGAAUGUCCGUUUGUGCACACCGACGACAAGGCCGCGUUCGAAGGGAGCGAGUCCUCGGGCGGGCCGAGCGGGAACUACGAAACGUCCACUGGUGAGAACGGCUAUGGCGAACACACGACGUACGGAGCGAUCGGCGAAAACGGAAAGAACGGGUUCGGCCACGGGAUUUUUGGCCAAGGUGUCUUUGGGGAUGGCGCGAACGGGUUGUUUGUGCCUAGUUCUGCCGGGCUCUAUGAGAACGGCACGUUCCAUGGGUAUUCGUAUCAGCCGAACCACGAGACGGACAAGAUUCUCGAGGACGAAGAUUCGGAUGAUGAUGUCAUUUUUGAGCCGAUGCGCUCUACGGGUGGUGUCGAGGCCCGCAGUCCGGGUGGACUAAGUAUGCUGUUGAGCGGAUUGGCUCUGAAUGGCCACGCACAAGCUCAAGCCCAGGCCCAAGUCAACAAGGCCAACUAG